AUGGAAUUUGGCAGUCCAGACGAGGAGGACCGCCUGGCCUCUGCGCUCAGUGUGCAGCGCCAGGUCCAUCUCCAGCAACACCAACCGCAACCUCUUGCUUCUCCUUCCCAUUACGCACACCAACUCCAUCGCCAGCCCAACUUUGACUCGAAUUACGACUACCACGAAGCCGACUUCAACCCCGACUCCGAUCCCAAUCCCUACCACCGCCGAUCCGGCUCAUCGUCCCACCAAUCUCAUCGCCACUACCUCCCUGGCAGCCCCGUAACGAACGCCUUCGUCCGCGAGAACUUGGAUGCCUCUACCGCCCACACGGCUGGGGCUUUCGCCGCCGCUGGUCAUGCUCACGAUCCUGUGAACCCGGAUGAUUUCUAUCGAAGCUAUCGAGGCGUGCAGUCGUCGAGUCAUCACCAUCGAACCUCCUCUUCCGAUACCGACUACAUGGCAACCUCCGUAUCUCGAACCCGCGACAAUCCGUCCAUGCGGCCGAAUGGCAAUGGCAAAGACCCAAAGCACCCGCCGGCACCAGCAGGCCGUACGGGGCUGCGUCCCUCGCAGCGAUCCGCCUCUGCCCCGGUUGAACCCCCUGUCGGCGCGCCAAGGACGAACACAAACCGCAAGCCGAGUGUCAAGGACUUGACCAAGAGAUUUGAUCAGCAGACUCCAGCGCCCGCCAUGCCCCGAAUUCCGUGGGAGCGGGUCAACAUCAUACUCUACACUGAGAACUUCGGUGACCCGUGA